UUGCUCUCUCUCUCUCCACCAUGUCCUUGCUAUCUCCACACUCCCAACCUUUGGCACAGCAUUAGUUAGAUCUGUUGCAGUAAACGUUGUAGCCUGCUGUCUAUCUCUCCAAAAAAGUAACCAUGGCGCUCCAAGCGAGAGCCCUGCUCACCUCCAAUUGGCUUUCGGAGGCUUUGAAGGUCCAGGGGAAAAUGCGCAUCUUGGACACUUCUUGGUAUUUGCCUAAACUGCGGCGCAACGCCAAGAGCGAGUUCAAGAAGAGGCACAUCCCGGGUGCAGCUUUCUUUGACAUAGACCAAUGUUGUGAUAAAACCUCUCCUCUAGACCACAUGCUGCCGUCGGAGAAGAUUUUUGCAGAUUAUGUCGGAAAUUUGGGAAUAGAGAGCGAUACGCACGUCGUGGUGUACGACGCCAGCGAGUUCGGCGCCUUCUCUGGGCCCCGUGUGUGGUGGAUGUUUCGGGUGUUCGGGCACAGCGCGGUCUCGUUGCUGAAUGGGGGGCUCAGGAACUGGGAACUGGAGGGUCGACCGAUGAGCGACCACUACGUCAGACCAACACCGACCGAGUUUAAGGCCUCCCUGAACCGCUCCUGGAUCAAAACCUAUGAGGAUAUCCUGGAUAACCUGGACACCAAAAAGUUCCAGGUGGUGGACGCCAGGCCUGCAGGCAGGUUCAAAGGACUGGACCCUGAACCCAGAGACAACACAGAGCCAGGCCACAUCCCUGGCUCCAUCAGCGUGCCCUUCCACUCCUUCCUGUCCCAGUCGGGUCACUUUCUGCCCAAGGAGCAACUGAAGGCUCUGUUCGCCCGGGCUGGCGUGGACCUCAGCCGGCCUAUUUGUGUUUUGUGUGGCUCAGCCGUGACGGCGUGUCAUGUGGCGCUGGCGGCCCACGAGUGCGGCCACCCGGGUGUGUCUGUGUAUGAUGGCGGGUGGUCGGAGUGGUACACCCGUGCUGUGCCUGAGCAUGUCAUAUCUGAAGGACGAGGGAAACAUUUGUGAUUGGUUCACAGGAAGGGUGGUUGAUGGGUUGAGACUGGAUCAAACUGGUACUGGAUGAUGUUCUUUGCUUGUUUUUGUGUGCUAAAGUUUAAAAGAAUAGUUUGACAUUUUGGGAACUUGCUUAUACCGUAUUUUGCUUUCUUAGCAAGUAGGGCUGGGUAUUGUUAAGAACCUCACGAUUCGAUUCGAUUUUGAUUCUUUAGGUCACAAUUCGAUUCGAUAUCGAUUUGAUUCGAUAUUGAUUUAAAUGCUUCGAUAUCGAUUCAGUA